AUGCGGAGGGUGGACGUUCAGGCGGCGCUCGAGCGGCUGCAGGGGAAGGGCAGCACGUUCAGAAGCGUGCAGCAGCCCGCCAUAGAGGCCAUCAUAAAGCAGAAGAGCCCCGUGGUAGUAAUUAUAGGCACAGGCGGAGGCAAAAGCGCAACAUUUAUGCUGCCGGCGUCGUGCUCUACCAGCGUCACAAUUGUGGUCGUCCCUGUAGUUGCGCUCAAGCAGAACAUAAUGGAUCGCUGCAAAGCUGCUGGGAUCGACUGCGUCCUGUGGGACAGCCAGCGGCCGCACGAGUGGGCUUCGAUCGUGCUGGUGGUGCCUGAGUCUGUGGCCACGCUAGCAUUCGAGCAGUUUAUCAACCGGCAGCGAUCUAUGGGCUGGCUGGACCGCGUUGUUAUCAACGAGUGCCACACCAUACUGGACUCGGUCAAGGGCUGGCGGACCAAGGUGCUGAAGCUGCGCGAGCUGGUUAAGGCGGAAACGCAGCUCGUGUGCUUAACGGCGACGCUGAAACCCACAGAGGAGAGCGAGUUCAUCUGGCUGAUGGCGCUGCCGCCAAAGGAGCAGUGCGAGUGGUUUUGUGCACUAACGAGCCAGCCUAACCUUGCGUACAAGGUGCACUGGUACAACUAUUAA